AUGGAUGUCGGCGAUCGAGCCGGAGGCCAGGAGGAGACGGACGCGCCAGCAGCAGCAGCAGUGGCGAGCGAUGGUCGCGCAGAGGGCAACAGGGAGACGCGUAAAAGCAGAAAGCGAUGGACGCGAAAGGCGCAUGGAACACGCGGGGCGUUGAUACGCGCAGAAGCGGCUGCUCGUCAGGAGGAGACAGCCGCGAGCGGAGAAGUCGUAAAUGCUGCUUUCAGGCAUGAUCCGCUUAACUACGGACAGGCGAUGCACAGCGGCAAGCGCGAAGGGUGGAAGAAGGCGAUGCAAGAGGAAAUCGCUGCGCUCGAGGCCAACAUCGUCUGGACUAUCACAUGGCGAACGGCAGGACAGCAUGCGCUGCACACAAAAUGGGUCUACAAGACCAAGACAGAUGCACAGGGCGACCUCGAGCGGCUGAAAGCGCGACUGGUGGCGUGUGGCAACGAACAGGUGCUUGGCGUUGACUACACGCUCACCUUCGCUGCCGUGAUGGACCUAUCGACGGUCAAAGUGAUCCUGGCGCUUGCGGCUACGUGGGGGGUGCCUGCCAAGGACGGUGACAUCCCCAACGCCUACGUUAAAGAGGACAAGGAGCCGCACCUGCGCAUCUAUCUACAGAUGCUGCGCGGCAAGCCAGUCUCGAAGGAGACGCUACGAGCGCAAGGCGCUUCGAACACGAGCGAGCUGGUGCUGGAGCUGCGGAAGAGCCUCUACGGGCUCAAGCAGGCAGGCCGGCUGUGGAGCCAGCUGCUGCACUCGAAGCUCUCUACUGCCGGUUUCACGCGGUGUGAGAGCGACAUGUGUUUUUACUGGAAGCGCGACGGCGACGACCUCGUCGUGGUCGGCGUGUAUGUCGACGAUCUUCUAGCGACAGGGACGAGCGCGGCGGCGGUCGAUCGGUUCUUUGCAAGCCUCGCGUCGUUGUCGAUCAAGGACCUGGGGCGUGUCAGCAAGUUCCUGGGAAUGCACGUGACGCACAACGGUCAGAAUGGGUACACGCUCGAUCAGGAGGAGGCCAUAAGAGACCUCCUACGCGACAACGGACUCGCUGACGCCAACUCGACGUGGACGCCGAUCGACGAGAGCUGCUACGAAUUGGAUGAGGGCGACGCGGAGCUUCUUGGGACGCCAAGCGCGCAAUUAGGACCGACUGUGCGCCAGUUUUAG